AUCUGGCCCAGGUGUGAGCGAGGAGCGAGGAGGGGAAGCGAGGCGGCGGCGGACGCGACAAAGGACUCGCUCACUUCCGGACUUUUCUCGGUUUUCUGUCGGCGCUCGAUCGCUCUUUUGGGAAGACGGGAGCUCUGGCGAAAGCCCGGCCACUUGGAGAGGCGUUUGAGUUGGAGGAGACGAGCAGCGUCAGCCGGAGUGGCCGUGUGCGGAUGUGCGAGGAGUGGGGUUUGCGUUUGGGCCGCGUCAGUCCAUCUGUCAGUCACCUGUGCAGAUGGUGACGCCGCACGAGGGGACGCCACGCCACCUCCUCUCCGGGAACUGAACGGGCCUCCACACUCAACAACUGCUGCUGCUCACUCGCACAGACAUACAUGAAAGCAGAGAUAAAGGAGGAAGCACUGGACUUCAGCAACACGGCGCUUUCGGAGAACUUGCCGAAUGAUAGCCUGACUGCAGCCUUGGCCAGCAACAGCAUAGAGGAGGAGACUCGCAUGUAUCUGGAUGCAUUUGCGCGUAGUGCCAACCUGGCAAGACCACUCCCCCUUGAAGAGUCACAGGAGUCUGCUUCUCUUGAUGGCCGUCCCUAUGUGUGCCCCAUCUGUCAGAAGUGCUUUGCCAAAGCUGCCAUUCUGAAGCGCCACCACCUUGCCCACUUCCGGCCAUACGUCUGCCACCUGUGCACACGAUCUUUCACCAGAAGAGAAGUUCUAGCAGAGCAUUUAUUAGAGCACAAUGGUGCUGAUCUGCGAAUGCCAUGCCCAGUGUGUAAUAUGACUAUCAAGCGCAAGAGGAACCUCCAAGCCCACAUCAAAGUUAAACAUCCUGAUUACUAUAAACAGAAAAUUGCCAGCCGGGAGUCCUUGUGCUAGUUACAGAAGUCUUUUUGGGUAUAAAUAGAUACAUCUGUUCUUAAUUAUUAUUUUUAAUACAGGCAGCAGGUGAACUCUUGUGGGAUUUGGUAUGAUGUCUAGUCACCAGGUGAUUAGAACCCCUUGAUGCUUCCUAAGUAAAGACAGCUCCCUGUUUCAUCCUCUUCAUGCAGUUAAAUAUUAUAUGCACUCUUGAUUUUGGUUCAUCUCUUUUCAUUUUUCUUCUAGCACCUUCAGAAAACUUAAAUUUCAUAUUAAGGUUACCAGCCUUUGUCCACAUACCACGUGUAUUUUGAUGUUGGUCAUGUUUUUAGUGUCUUCUAAUAAACCUUUGAUGUUUUUG